UCGCUAGUUCCGGCGAGAGCCGGGAAAAGCCGCGGCCUUCGCCCCUCCUUCGCCUCUGCGCGUCCUGGAAGCAGCGCCGCCUCUUGCCCGGCGUCACUUCCCCGAGAGCAGCUGGAGAAGGAGAAGAUGGCGGCGCUGGGGGAGCCGGUGCGGCUGGAGAGAGACAUCUGUCGGGCUAUUGAGUUGUUGGAAAAGUUGCAAAGGAGCGGAGAAGUGCCCCCACAAAAACUACAGGCUUUGCAGAGGGUCCUUCAAAGUGAAUUCUGUAAUGCUGUGCGGGAGGUAUAUGAGCACGUGUAUGAGACUGUGGACAUCAGCAGUAGCCCAGAAGUGAGAGCUAAUGCCACAGCCAAGGCCACUGUUGCUGCCUUUGCUGCUAGUGAGGGUCAUUCCCACCCCAGAGUCGUUGAACUACCAAAAACAGAAGAAGGGCUCGGAUUCAACAUCAUGGGCGGCAAAGAGCAAAAUUCUCCAAUCUAUAUAUCCCGAAUUAUCCCAGGUGGUAUUGCUGAUAGACACGGGGGAUUGAAGCGUGGAGACCAGCUUCUUUCUGUAAACGGAGUGAGUGUUGAAGGGGAGCACCAUGAGAAAGCCGUGGAACUGCUAAAAGCUGCUCAAGGAAAAGUUAAGCUGGUUGUACGAUACACACCCAAAGUCCUGGAAGAGAUGGAGUCACGAUUUGAGAAAAUGAGAUCGGCAAAACGCAGGCAACAGAAUUAAUGUAUUACAUGUAACUUAAGGAAAAGCAUGAACUUUGCUUGUCUGGAAACGUCAGACAAGCAACGUUAGAAAAGGAUGUUAAUUUUGUUAAUGCUUUGUCUUUUACAAAUAACUCUUGAACAUCUUAAUGCUUCUGAGAAGAAAAGUUUACAUGGGUGUUUGUAGCUAUGUGGUUUUACAGAUCCUUCUUUAAAAUUCAAACCUGUAACCAUCAGAACAAAUUUGUAAAGUGUUUUUAAAAUACAUUUUAAUAAGCUUU